AUGUCGUCUUCACCUGCUACUGCACCUCACAUGCGAUCUGAUGAAUUGGUGCCUGGACCAGAAGUCAGGGGAGACGAGAUGCAUGAUAUAAAUGACUUUGCAGGAACCCCAGGAACUGGUUGCAUAGUGCAGCCUCUCGGGUCUGUUUCGCGCGUCCCUUCAGCAUUGAAUCCAGAUUCCAACUCAAGCACGGGAGACUACUGUGACGUUUAUUCCCAAUUUCUUACACGGAAAGCGCAGAUCCCCGGACAUUUCCUCACAGGCACUAUUGAGCAUUCGAUCCAGCUUCCCAUUGAAAUAUGGGAUAAAGCGAUUGAUUAUGCGGUGGAGGACACGCAUAACGGAGCCUGGUUACGAAAUUUGGGGUGUGUCGACACCCUCAGCUUCAGAUGUGGGGUCUGGAGGCCUUAUCAACUACAUCCGCAAGUCUUCAUCCAUGUGACUGUCGCAUUUGGGUCAGUCAAGGUCCUCACGCUUGAAGAUAUGAUGUUCCCUUCGGCGUUAGUGUUUGGGCAGCUUGUGCGUGCACUCCCCCAACUCUCCUCCCUCACGUGCCGGUGGGUGGGCUUCAAGAGCAGCUACGAUGUUGUGGGCCGAAUCUGGGAGCUGCAUCCCCUCCGACUCGACACCGUCCAAGUGUGGGACUACGAUGACGUUGUCGACUUCUUCGUAUCGCGCGGCGCACGCCUCCGCAGUCUCUCCUGGAGUGGGGCACAGCCGGAUAUUUUCUCGAAGCUGGUCACUGCGACUGCCGAGUCGCUCGUAUCCCUGCACAUUGGUCAAGUGCAUGUUUCCUCCAAGGAUCCUAUUCCCUCAGGCUUUUACAUUGAUCUCACGCCUGCUCACGUCAACCUACAUACCCUGUCGAUUUCCUCCGACGUCGGAGAUUUGGACGGAGCAGCACACAUUGUGUCCCGCGUGUCUCUUCCCAGGCUGAGAGGUCAAGAUCACGUCAAUGCUCUAUGA